AUGAUAUGGUGGUGUUCUUGUUUACCAAAUACCAACUACGCCCCCCCCUUUAACAUUCUCAUUCCACUUUGGUAGGCUCGAAUCAAAUACCAACCGAAUGUUUUGUUCGAUAGAUUUCCUACGUGGACUUCUUCGCGGUUCUGUUCUGCAGCCUUAUGUUUCUUUAAUCAAAUCGAGCCCACCACCCUCCCGUUUAAGGGUCUUCUGUCUUCUUCUCCACCGAAUGAGGAUACUUUGUGUAUUAUCACCUCUUAAGGUUGGAUUCCUUCAUCUAUCCUUACUGGUUUCGAGGAAUACUGGCAUGCUGCUGAAACGAUCGCAUUUUCAUGGCUUACCUCAUAUUAAUGUCUGUAAUGUGAUAUGAAUCCUAAGGUCAUCUAAGUAGAAAGAUGUUCUCACCUUCCAAAUGUCAGAGCAGAGCAAAGAAUGAGGCAUCAAGUUAAUUUGGUUAUUAUUGGUGUCUCGGUAGGUGUGGCUCUUGGCAUCUUGAUUGCAUCUUGUGCGUUUAUUGCUAUAAGAUGGUACAGAAGUAGAUUUCAUCUUCAACGAUAUGCCGAUGAGAAUAGUAUAACAACUCUCCCUAUUCGCACAAAUGGCAUAAAUACAAGCAUUGACUACAGUGCAUCUCUCUCAAGUUCCAUAACUACUAAUGGGCUACAGCACCCAGCAAAAAAUGUUCAGCAAUCCUGGUGGAACCAACACAGCAAGGAUCUGUUUGCUUCAGCAUCUAGCAUCCCAAGAUACUCUUAUAAGGAUAUUCAGAAAUCCACACAGAACUUUACAACUAUAUUGGGGCAAGGAUCAUUUGGCCCAGUCUAUAAAGCUACACUACCUACAAAUGAUGUGUUAGCUGUAAAGGUGCUUGCUUCUAAUUCUAGACAGGGAGAAAAAGAGUUCCAAACAGAAGUUCUUUUGCUAGGCAGACUGCACCACCGUAAUCUUGUGAAUUUGGUUGGUUACUGUGUAGAUAAAGGUCAGCACAUGUUGAUAUAUGAAUAUACGAGUAAUGGAAGUUUGGAAAACCUUCUAUAUUGUGAAGGAGAAAGGGUUUUGAGCUGGGAAGAAAGGCUUCAAAUUGCUCUAGAUGUUUCUCAUGGCAUUGAAUAUCUUCACGAAGGGGCAGUCCCAUCUGUCCUGCACCGGGACCUGAAAUCCGCUAAUAUAUUGUUGGACCAAUCAAUGAGAGCUAAGGUUGCCGACUUUGGUCUGUCCAAGGAAGAGGUCUUUGAUGGCAGGAAGUCAGGCUUAAAGGGUACCUACGGUUACAUAGAUCCAGAGUACAUGUCCACAAACAGGUUCACAAAGAAGAGUGAUGUCUACAGCUUUGGAAUUAUAAUAUUUGAACUUAUUACAGCCAUCCACCCUCAGCAAAACCUAAUGGAGUAUGUUAAUCUUGCGGCAAUGAACUCAGAUGGUGUGGAUGAAAUACUUGAUAAGCAACUUGUUGGGAGGUGCAACCUUAAGGAAGUGAGGCUCCUUGCCAGCAUUGCUUAUAGGUGCCUCCACAAAAGCCCAAGAAAGCGACCAUCAAUUGGAGAUGUUUCACAAGCUAUAUCAAAGAUAAGAAAGCGGCACCUCACCAAGGAAGAGACGAUGACCAUGUCUUUUACUGGAGAUCUUUCAAAAGUUGUAAAGCAGAUAGAGCAUCAACAAGUGGAGUUGAGUAAUAUAAUCAGCACCAGAGAGAGUGUAUAGGACUAGUCUGAAGUGGAAAAUUUUCCCAAAAAAAAAAAAAACUUUUCUUGGCACAAAAUUCCUGAUGAUGGGAGAAGUUCAAAACAUAAUGGUGAAAGCUUUUGAAGGAGCUGAUUGGCCCUCAGUGAGGUCCUAAUGACAUGCUUUCUGGCGUUUCACAGAAGAGACGACAAACUUUAUUUUGUAUAGUCCAUGUUCCCCCAGAGAGUUGUUGGAUCAACUCAUACGGAGGUUUAAGACCAUGUACAGGUAGUCUUCUUGAUCAUUUUACUCAACCAAGUGUAUUACUGAUACGGAAGCAAAAGUGCAUCCAUCUGUACUUGUUGAUAUCCUCAUAAUCUUUCAAAGGAAAAUAUCUUUGGUUGGUGUCUUCUACUAA